AGUUGUAAGUUGCUCACAUGAAUAGUCUGUAUGAAACUAUCAUACUUCACACUUUUACCACUGAACUUUCACUUUAAAAUGUUUUAAUCACACAUUUGUGAAUCAACAUCACGGAACUCAUCCUAUAAUCUGCAAUAAAUUAAAUAGAGGCUGGCUUAUAAAAUUGCCAAAGGAUUUAGGACCCAGGGUACCCGAGAUGAUGGAAGCAAAACACCAAGCUAUACAAGAUCUUGAUGAGUAAAGAGUUAUUAGAUAUAUGCAAAUCCAAAUAGCAUGCAUUUCCAAUUUCCUUAAGUAGAUUCAAAUAGUAAGCUUUUCCUUGCGAACCAAAAAAAAAAUAGUAAGCUUUUCCUAUUUCUUUAAGCAACGUGAUGCUUUUUUUUCUUUUUUAACAUUUUUGUCUUCCAACUUUUUCUUUUGUUUAAAUUCAUUUACAGGAUGCUUGGCUGGGAUCCUAUACAAGGUGAAAGCCAUCUUGAUGCAAUGUUGAGAGGAGAAAUUUUGACUGCCCUUGCUGUGUUUGGACAUGAUCCAACACUAAAUGAAGCAAGUAAGAGAUUUCAUGCAUUUGUAGAUGACAGAAAUACACCACUCCUCCCAUCUGAUAUAAGAAAGGCAGCAUAUAUGGCAGUAAUGCAGAGAGUCAGCACAUCAAAUAGAUCGGGUUUUGAAUAUCUUCUGAGAUUCUAUGGGGAGACCGAUCUAAGCCAAGAGAGAACUCGCAUUCUGAGUUCAUUGGCAUCUUGUCCUGACCCCAAUAUAGUUCUUGAAGUUCUCAACUUUGUCUUGUCUUCUGAGGUUAGGAGUCAAGAUGCUGUUUUUGGGCUUGCUGUUUCUAAGGAAGGACGGGAAACAGCUUGGACAUGGCUGAAGGACAAUUGGGAUUACAUUUCAAAAACCUGGGGUUCUGGGUUGUUAAUAACUCGCUUUGUCAGUGCAAUUGUCUCACCGUUUGCUUCAUUUGAGAAGGCCAAGGAAGUAGAGGAGUUCUUUGCAAGUCGCACCAUUUCUUCAAUUGCUAGAACCUUGAAGCAGAGCAUUGAGCGGGUUAACGUUAACGCGAAGUGGGUUCAGAGCAUUCAGAAUGAAAAUCAUUUGGCUGAGGCUGUGAAAGAAUUAGCGUGUAGGAAAUACUAGGGAUGAUGCAUGCACUCUUAAGAUAAAUGUGUUCUUGGAUGAAGUACGUACUGAAAAAUAAAAAAUAAGAUAAGAUGUGAAAUGAAACUAUGCAGGAUAUAUAAAUAAAUUGCCAUGUUUUGAUGUUGA